AUGGCUCGGACCAAGCAGACGGCGAGGGCUUCCACUGGCGGGAAGGUCCCUCGUCGAGCGAUCGCCACCAAGGCGGCCCGUCGUUCGGCGGGCCUGUGGCGCGAGAACGGGGAGGAGGUCCGUGAAAGGGCGUCCCACCGCGUCAACCGAGCGUUCAUUGACUUCGAAGACUCAAGGAGUGCUGAACACCUCUCAACCCUUUGGGAGCACGCCGGACGCUCCGAUGUAUCCGCGGUUAGGUAUCAGGUAGGAGAUGGAUCCUUCCGCAUUAGAUACAAAGAGGUCGGUAAUCGUGCACCCGUCGUGGCGGCCGUCUCUGCCGCCGGGGCCCGACUUCUCUUCGGGCCCCAUGUGCUGGCAUUCGUCGCGGCUCGUUUGUCCCGGAAAGCUUGGUCCACUGCCGACCGGUGCUUCCGGCUCGGGCUCACCGAGAGUCACGGCGACGAGAGAGAGUACCACUGCUGCGACGACCCCGAUUGGGUCGUCGAGCUGGUUUGGUGCUCCGACGGUAGCAACGGCGAAGCCCAGGGGUGCUAUUACGCCGUCGGGGAGGGGAGCCAGGAUAAGUACCUUAUCCUGCUCUACACGAUGACGUUCGAUCGUGUGCCCUCCGAGAACGAGGACGCCCGCCGGGGCUUCAACUCUGCCUUCGGGUGA